CCUUGCGAGAAAGAUAUAGCUCCACCACCAACCUAACAACUUCCAUUACACGCCGCAUCGUCGACACGAAUAGAUCAGAUAUCUCUUUCUCUCCAUUCUCUCCAGCUACACCACCGCCACCUCGGCAAUGGCGCCCAUAAACCCAACCCCCGCCCCCGCGGCACCAUUCGACAUAGUCCAAACCUACCACCACCUCCUCACCUCGGACCCCGACCUAACCAUGCCCGUCGCCGCCAUCGAAGCCCUCAUCCAGCUCCUCCAACACUCCCAUAGCACCACCGUCUUCGAGACCCUCGACCUCCUCGCCGCGCAAUCCAAACUCCUCCAAUCCCGCGUGCGCAACCCGAUUGGUCUGUCUGCAGGCACGGAUCUGUUUCAGCGGUAUAUGAUUUCCUCCCUGCGAGCGAGCGGGGAGAGGAGCUUUGAUGCUGUGCGCGCGCAUUUGUUGGCGAAUGGACGCGUUUUUGUGUCCAGGGCGAAGGCGGCGAGGGAGAGGAUUGCGGGACAUGCGGGGGGGUUGGUGAGGGAUGGGUGCACGGUUUUGACGCAUGGGGGUAGUCGUGUGGUGUCGGCUGUUUUGGCGCGUGCUGCGGAAGCGGGGAAGGGAGGGGGAACGGUGCGGUUUAAAGUCAUCUAUGUCGACUCUGGCAACGGCGCCGGAGCCGGGGAGUCAAGGGAUAUUGUGAGGAAAUUACGCGCCAAGGGCGUACCCGUCGCUGUUAUCGGGGAAGGCGCAGUAGGCUACGCGAUGGGGAUGGUUGAUCUGGUCAUCGUCGGCGCAGAAGGCGUCGUCGAGAACGGCGGCGUGAUUUCGCGGAUGGGGACUUAUCAAAUUGGCGUCCUCGCUCGCGCAGCCGGGAAGCCGUUUUACGUCGUGUCAGAGACGCAUAAGUUUGUCAGGCUGUAUCCGUUGGGACAGUAUGAUCUGCCGAUUGUGCAGAGGGUUGUGGAGUUUACUACUAAUACGGGGAAGGAGGGGGAGGGAAAGAAGGCGGGUGAGAAGGGGGAGGAGGCGCUGGGUGUGGCGGGGGAGGUGCCGAGUCAGAAGAGCUCGGUUGAUACGGAGGGGUGGAAGGAGUAUUUCACCACGGAGGGGGGGAGGGGAGGGGAGGACGCGGUGGAUUAUACGCCGCCGGAUUUGGUGUCGGCGCUGAUUACGGAGAAUGGGGUUUUGACGCCGAGUGCGGUGAGUGAGGAGCUGAUUAGUGUGUUUGUUUGAAGGUGGUUUUUGUUUGAGAGGGGAGGGUGGGAGUUGAUGUCUAGGAUGUGGGAGUUGGGUUGUGGUGUUUGGUGGUUGGGAGGGUAGUGCUCUGGGAUUUGGAAAACAAGAUAUCAAGAAAGAAGGAUAUAUCUCGCACCACCACCAUCACACAUAGUCUAGUCUGGUUGGUCUAGACUACCGUGCAGGGAAGUGGAGAUCUAAGAGGUUCACGCACAUUGAUGAUUCGGGGGGGUGCUUGCAGAAGUGGGGAAAAAAUCGGAGGAGGGGGGUCUGAGCGCGCGUUGCUGACGCCCGAGAGUGAUGGUGCAUGUCGAUGAGGUAGUUAAGGGAUGGCUGUUGAUGAUGAGAUACUGAUUAUGAGUUUGUUUAUGGGGAUGACGAUGCGUUUUUUUUGAAAUGUCUGGAGUGAUUGGGAAGGGGAUGUAGGAUAAUAGUCUGGAUCUGAUAUUGAUCUCGUAUUGCGGGUUGGAAUGUCACAGAGUAGGGAUAAAAGAUGGGAUAGAUGGGGAUUUUAGUACCACAGUUGAGAUGGAGAAAAUUAAUAGUCCCG